AAAAGAAUGGUUUUUGGAGAGCCAGUGAUAAGUUAUAGGGGUGGCAUUGAUGGUUUUGAAGCCACUGCUGUUGAAUCUGAUCAGAAACUUGAUGUCACUAGUGAUUCGGUUGCGUCAUACUCUCAACACCUUGAAACGAGGCAUGAUGCACUUCUUGGAUCACUAUUUAAAGAUGAAAUGUACACGGAAGUAUACAACUACAAGCAUCUUAUCAACGGGUUUGCGGUCCACAUGUCUCCUGAACAGGUCACAUUCCGAACACUUUACCACCAACCUAACACGAAAUUUGCAGGUUUGGGUCUAGGCUAAACGGAUUCAUGGUUUUGUGUUUAGGGUAAACAGGCUUGGUUCAG